AUGCGGACCCCAAUGCUCCCCGUGCUGCUGCUGCUGCUCUGCGGAUCCGUCCUGCUGCGCUCCGCACCCCCCCGUUGUCCCCCGCUGAUGCUGCAGCUGCUCCGUUCGCCCCCCGCACCUCUCCGCGCCGCCGCCGCCACCGCUCUCAGCAUCGCCCCACACGGCUCCCUGCAGAACGGCUCCCGCUGGGCGCUCUCCUUUGACAUGACAUCCCUGUCUGGCAGCCAGGAGGUGAGCCUGGCUGAGCUGCGCAUCCGCCCGCACUCUCUGUCCUUGUCCCCUUCCCACAACGUCACCAUGGAUAUCUAUCACAGCCCCCGGCCGCCGUGCCAAGGCACCAAGGAGCUCUUCCUGGGCACCGUGGCUGGUGGCCCUUCAUCCAACCAGGCUGGUUGGGCAGUGUUCAACAUCACCAGCAUGCUCAGGGCAUGGCUGCACCAGGAUGCAGCUCCUGUUCCUGCAGCCACCCCUGUCACUAUCCCAGCGGACCCCCAGGAGACAGCAGAGCCCCGGGAGCUGACGGACAGCGUCCUGCUGCUCGUCUUCUCCAAGGAUAAAGCACCCGGAGAGCACAGCCUGCUCAGGGCAGUGGAGAGCUCCAAGCACGUCAUGCGUGAUGGAGGUCCCAGGGAUGUCGGUACCCGCCGGCACCGUCGCACCAGGAAGGAGAAACAGAGGCUCAGGGUGAACGAUGCUCCUGCUGCCAGCACGGGGGAUGAGGCCAGGUCUCUAUGCAGGAGGGUGGACAUGACGGUGGACUUUGAGCAGACGGGAUGGGGCAGCUGGAUCGUCUACCCUAAAAAGUACAACGCCUACCGCUGCGAGGGGCUGUGCCCAUCACCUGUAGAUGAGAGCUUCAAGCCCACCAAUCAUGCAUACAUGCAGAGCCUGCUGCAGCUCUACAAGCCCAGCCAGGUGCCGUGUCCUGCCUGCUCACCCAUCAGGAUGAGCCCCCUCUCCAUGCUGUACUAUGAGAAAGGUGAGAUCGUCGUCCGCCACCACGAGGAUAUGAUCAUCGAGGAGUGUGGCUGCAACUGAAGGGGCUCCGUCCCCACUGCACUGAGCCCACAGAUCCUUUGCAUCCCACAUGCCUGCAGGUCUGGCUGUGCUGGGACAGGAGUGGGGAUGAAGCAGGGAAUAUCCCCUGCAGUGGCAGUGCUGCGGGGCACAGACAGAUCCAGGUGACACAUGGGGAGGUCACUGGGGCAGUGCUCUGCAGGAGAAGCCUGAGCUCCCUCCUGUCUGGUUAAUGCUGUGCAGGGCUCUGUGUGUUGCACACUAUGAGCACCUCCUGGUGCUGGAGGAUCUCUGAGGGACACCUGCAGCACUGAUAUCCAUCCACGCUCAGCAUCCAAAGAACUGAGAUUUGGAGCAUUCCUCAGGGCUUGGGGCAUUUUCCUCCAUGUUUUCUAUUGUACUUCUAAUAAAGUUCUAUCAGAUUUGUAUUAAAGGUUUCCAGUAAGAGCCCAGGUGAACUGGGUGCCCCUGGAAGCAGCAUAUCCGAGCCCCCCCCCUCACUCCUGCCUGUCCAUUGCUUCUCCCUAUCCAUUGCUUCUCCCAUCUGCACUGGGCUCACACUUUCCCAGCCCCUCGCUGGAUCGGGUGGUAGAGAAAGGGCUGUGUUUGUACAA